UUUUUUCUCCCUGCACUUCCGAGGACGGGGAGGAAGAGAGCAGCGUGCUGAAUCAGAGCUGGUGCUAGGACAGCUGUGCUGGGGCUCCACAGAACCACAGAACGGGUUAAUUUUUUUUGCUGGGAGGCUGGAGCGAGGCUGCAGGGACGGCACAGCCCUCCAGGAGUGCACUGCUGCUGCUUUAGGAGAAGAACAACAGGGCGAGGCCACCAGAUCAGGAUGAGGAAGCUGAUGAGGCCUUCUACUGAUAGCAGCCUCAUGAUCACAGGCCCUGGUUAUCGUGGGGGAUUUCAACUACCCUGACGCUUGCUGGAAGGCCUACUCAGCCAGCCAUCCGCAGUCCAGGAGGUUCCUCCAGUGCACUGAUGAUAACUUCCUGACGCAAAUGGUGGACGUGCCAAAUAAGAGAGGAGCGCUGCUGGGUCUUGUCCUCACUAACAAGGAGGAGCUGGUUGAAGCGGUGAAGGUCUAGGGCAGCCUUGGUUGCAGCGACCCUGAGAUGGUGGAGUUUGGGAUCUCAUGUGGCAUGUGGCAGGAACAGAAUACUGAGCAGAAUUGCAUCCCUGGACUUCAGUAGGGCCAACUUUGGCCUUUUCAAGCAAUUGCUAGGGGAAUCCCAAAGGACAUGGUGCUUGAAGGAAAAGGAGCCCAAGAUAGUCGGUUAGCGUUCAAGGACUGCUUCUUCCGAGCUCAAGAUCAGAGCAUCCCAACAGAUGCUGUUCUGAUGUUUGCAGGGGUCCAUGGAAGCCAGCUGGAUGCUGCCAGGAGGCUGGUCCAUCACUGCUAGAGCGACCCUCCUCAGAGCGCGUUGCUGCAGAAGGAGCUCAACCCUCGUGCUGGUUUGAAAGCACCUGCAGGUCUUUGCCAUGUCCUUCGCAGGCUACCUGCUGCUGCUUUUGAAGGGGUCCUGUCUUGCAGCAGAAAUGACACUAACAGUGGCAGAGGAAGGAUCCUCUGUCAUGAUGCACGCACCGGCUAUCAAGAAUGUGAACUUGACCGAGUGGGAAUACAUAAGAGACAGCACCCCCCAAUUCAUCCUGCAGUACUAUGCGGACUCACAGUUAAUAACCAUUUACCCAGCUUACAAAGACAGAGUGGUUUUCUACCAGAACAAUGGCUCCUUUGUCCUGCAGAAGCUGCGAGAGAUGGACAGUGGCAUCUAUAAAGCAACAGUUGACUUGAUGCAGGACAAAGCAAGAAUGACCUCUCUUAGAGUGAUCAAGCCCUUGCCCCAGCCCAAGCUCCUGAGCAGCUCAAACCUGGCCGGUUCACUCAUCAACCUGACCUGCAUGCUGCCAGAAGGAAUGGUGGCUGAUGUCUCCUGGAAGAAGGACGGACAUCCCCUUCCUCCUGAAAAGUGCUGUCGGCUCACUUGGAAGACCACCAUGCUGCAGAUAAGGAAGGCAGAGAAGUCGGAUUGCGGCUCCUACUCCUGCAUAAUCAACAACUCCGUAAGCUGGAAGGAGGCAGCCCUCAACCUGACCGUGACAGGUCUUACACCUCCUGUCCGUGCUGCACAGAUGAUGACCGCUGCUGUGCUGGUGCUCGCUGCUAUCUCUGCCAUCCUCUUCAUUAUCCAGCUCUGUCAGCUGGGGAAGCACAAACUCGGAAAGGAAGCAUGGAAAUGGUUAAUGAUGACCAUUCUAGGGCUGCUGUGCACCUCUUCUCUCCUCCUGUUUGCUGCCUCUGUCAUCUGGAUGCAGGAAGAUGGUCAUUCCGCUGCCUUCAUCCUGCUCGGGCUUUUCCUCAUGGCUGUGAUCGUGGCCACGGCGCUGACAGCGGUGGCGAUGGCGCCGUGCAGACCAGCAGUGCUCACACACUUCAGGUCCAAAGGCUGGCACCGUGUCAUCCUGUGCAUUACAGCCACGACGCUGGUAGUCAACCUGCUGUUCACCAGCCUCCUGCUCCACAGCUUCCAUCAGCUCCACGAGCGGGGCUGCUCAGAGGCUGUCGAUCUGACCAUCGGCUUCAUCAUUCCUGCUGUGGCAGUCCUCCCCAUACUGCUGCUCCUCUUCCGGUGUUCUUACAAGAAUAAGCGGGAGAAGCAGCAGCAGCCGGACACCCAGGAGGCCACCCACAGCUUACAGGCCACGUCCACCUCGGUGACUCGCUGCCCACUUCAGGUGUCUCCUUCUCCGGUUGCUGCAGAGCCUCAUAAUGUAACAAUGAAUAUUUAAUACUCACCGGGAAGCAUCCAUCUGCCUUUCUGCAGAACGGCAUGGGCAGCUUUGUCACCACCCGGGGGGGUGACGUCAAAAGAACCAGUCAUUGGAAAAUCUGGUACAUUCCUCCUAGGCCAGUCCAGAAACGUAACGAAUGCCAAAGUGGAUACUGGAUGAUUUUGAGUCUUAAGGAUUCUUUGUAAUACAUCUAAGUUAGAUUGCUGCUCUUUUGUAAGUGAGCUUCCCGUGGUUCCUGACCGCUCACCUCCUGUCCUGCAGAUCGGUGAUGGGUGCUCAAGAUCCUUUCCUUUUCCUCCAACUAUGGUUGGGUUGGGCAUUGCCACCAGAAUGGACUGCUACAGCCUCACUUGUUGUGCCCCACGUUGGGCACCAUGUGUGGUGACCGAGUGCACGGACUCUUACUGUGAUCAAGUAAGAGUCUCUAUUGCAACCCGGCUAUGCUCCUUUUACACACUUUCCUUCCAGAGGUUUUCCUUCCACAAAACCCUCCAGCCCCCCUUUACAGUCCUUUGAUCCUUGUAUUUCUCAGGCUGGUAGGUACCUUAUCGCAACCUCCUGUUCCCGUGCCGGGUUUUGGUCACGCUUCGUUACUUUCCUCUUUCCUGGGCCUCGUGGCAGUCCUUGCUCUUAUCUCCUCUUGUUAUUUAUGUAUCCCCCACAUGUCUCUUGUCUUCAGAACUCCCUUCCUGGAUUUUCAUGAGUCUUAUCCACAUUUCUAAUUAAACCUACUUUUUCUACGUUUCCCACAAUUUAUCCAUAUACAUUGCUAAUUAAACCUACAUUUUCUAUA